UGUACUACAGCAGUACUCUGUGUACUACAGCAGUACUCUGUGUACUACAGUAGGACUGAAACACAACAGGAACUUCAUUGUCUUCACACAGCCUGUGUAAGUGACAACGUGCUGCAGUGUUUUCAGGUGUACUUCCUGGUUUCCCUCCCCAGGUGACAGAGGCGAGACAGUCUUUGUUCUUAUCUUCAUGAAUGUCAUUUUAUUUAUUUGAUCAAUAUUGACUUAUUUAUGAAAGCAUUUUAUUGAUUGAUUGAUUGAGUUAAGGUGAGCGUUUGAUGCGGAGCAGGUGAUGAUGUCACGGUGUUGAAGGACCAGAGCGGUUGUGGGUUCAAACACUCCAGUACUUUAAUGUACACCAGUCCCUCCUUUUUGAUUUGUCUGUUUCGUUUCGACUCUGGUCAGAUCUCCACACACACCCGGUGACCACGGUCACUCUUUAGAUCAUUACCCAGAAUCCUCCUGUCCCUGUGGUUUCUGUAUCUGUGGUGCUUCUGUGCUGUGACAGUGUUUAUGAUGCCAACACCGCUUUUAUCUUUUUUUAUUUUAUUUUUCUUGUAAUAAAAUAAUCUUUUUUCAUGCAGUGUAUGACUGGAAAGGAUUUUUACUCGACACAUUCAAAUUAAGCCACUGAAAAUGGAAAUGACACCAGUAUCUGUUCUGUUGUUUUAUUAGAUAUUUAAAAGACAGACUGGAUAAUGGAAAACCACUGUGAUCCAUCUGUUUCUGUAGAGAAGAACUCAUAAAUUCAGAAUAUAUAUAAACAUGAAAAGUUACACAAAAAUAGUUUAUACUACAUUCCUUUUAAAACGUAUUGUAUGAAACAAAUUUGUUUUUUGUCUUUCUGAUGUUGAUGUAUGAUCUCGUCCUUUGACAGAAUUCCUGAAGUUGGAGACACGUCAUAGUUGUAUAAUGAGAUUUCAAAUGUAUAUUAAAUAUAUUAUAAAUACAGUAUAAUCAAUUCUUUUAUAACAGUCCUUUCUUGUAGUACGUCUAUAUGCCCGCCUGGUGGCGCCAACUUCUUCGUAAUUUGGGCAGCAGAGCAGGUGCGUGGAGGUGAAGCCGCCAGCUCCGAGAGAUCGGCUCUUUCCGUCGACACUCGGCAGUAAACGGCUGUGAAUGUGGGAAUGCGGUUGCCGGCGGAGGCAGUGGACAUUGCUGGACACACGGCGGGGACGUGCACACGGACCCGGGAGCACACGACGACUGGCUGCGCUCCAAGUUAACGGACUAUCCUGGGGGGUAUGUGUGGAGGCGUCGGGCAGCUGCUGCCGGUCCCUGGGUGUUCUCCCCCCGCUGCACCGGGGAUUUUCUGCCUUUGUAAAGGAGGACGAACGAGAGGGAAGCCAGCUCCGGGUCCCCCCCAUCACCAUGGAGCCACGCACUGCAGACAGCGUGAGUAUGAACGCAACAGACAGCCGGGGGAGCACACAGGGGACUGGGCUCGUCAGUCCAGGAAUCGCACUUCCAACUUUUUCCAGGAGACCUUUAAUUUACGACCACACCUUUAUUAGGGAUAAAAAAACAAACAAAACAAAAAAAAAAAAACAACGUUUAAUCACGCGCUGAGCGUCGGUCAGGUGUGGAGGGAACCGACCAGCUUCAUUGAUUACGGACGUGAUUGUGGUGAGCGUGACCUCCUUUGUGGUCACCUGACACCUGCUGACCGUCACUGGACUCGGUUCUGCCCAGACCUCGUCCACCAGCCCCCCUUUUGUUGCCACUGACGACGAGAGUCGUAAACAGACGCUAAAUAAAUACAGGCCGGAGAUUGGAGUCAAAAACGAGUGUGAACGAGUCUGACGUGAAGGGUCACCUUAGCGGUAAUCAGAAUCAGAAUCCCGAUUUGCCUGAUGCACUUCAUGCUGGCUUUGGGGAACUAGGAGGAAUUGUACCCUGAACUUUCUGCAAAACAGACAGGACUCCUGCCUCUUCACCACUGCAGCCUCUUGUUGAUUAUCGUCAUUAUGUUCUACGGUUCCUCUUCUGGGACAAGUAUGUCCCUGCCGUCCAAGAGCCGCCUCAAACGCCAGAGCAGGACCCUCACUCAGGUCCUGUACCGUACUCUGAGUUACAGAGACCGAGUUCAAGCAGAAGCCGGAACAAACACUCGUGGGGAUCGACGCUCUACGACUGAACCCCCUGAGCGGCCGACAGACGACCCCGCUGAACUCUCCACACAGAGCUCGGCACCUGGGGUGCUGAAGAUUUUCGGAGAUGAAAUCUGUGCCGGUGCCAACUACAAAAGCGUACUGGCCACGCCACGCUCCAGUGCCCAGGAGCUGGUCAAAGAGGCACUGGAGCGUUACUCCCUCAACAAGGACGCUGCCCACUCUUAUGUCCUUUGUGAUGUCAUUGGCCGGCUGGAGGGUGGAGGUGGAAUAGAAGGUGGGGGUUGGAGGACGGAGUGCUUGCGUGCACUGGGGGACAAUGAAAAGCCGUUGCUGCUCCAGGAGCUUUGGAAGCCCAGAGAAGGCCACGCCCGCAGGUUUGAGCUGCGUCGAAGAGCAGAGGUGGAGGAGUACAACGCCAAAGAGAAGGACACCAUCACUGCUGGGCUCAAACCCCCCCAAUUCCUGGCGGCUCUAAUGGGUCGAUCUGGACUUGGCAAACACAGAAGCUCCCCCCUGCGCUGCGGUCGAGCCGUACAGUCCAGCUCUAAAGACAUUAACGCUCAGGCUCGUAAGCUCCAGAGGAACCGGGCCAAAGGGACGCUGACUCUGCCCCGGUCCAGCAACUCAUCGUUCUGCCGCAGCCUCAGUGAAACCAGCCUUAACCAGUUGGGAGCAGCAGAGGAGCCCAAACGAUAUUAUUCAACCCUGCCGGGGCCUUUAAGAGCCCGGGAACGUGAAGUAAGCUCAAGUAGCCGGAGAAAAGAGGAGGGGAGUCAGGGAGGAGGAGAAGGAGGAGGAGGAGGAGGAGGAGUGAGGCACUCUCUUUACCAGUCACCACAUCUGCUGUUGCUGCAGGGAUACAAUCAGCAGGAUUGCCUGGUCUAUCUUCUAAAUAGAGAGCAACAUACAGUCGGACAGGAGACCCCGUCAGCCCGCCCCAACAUUUGCCUCUUUUCACCUGACAUCUUGACCCUCCACUGCCGCUUGCGUCGCGUUCCUGCCCCCCGUCGCCACGUCAACAACAGCAAGAUAGAAGAACCGGAGAACCAGCGCGUCUGUGUCGUUGUGGAGCCCGUCCUCCACGCUGCAGUUCUGGUGAACUUCUCCCGGUGUGAGCGCUCCACCACGCUGCGUCACGGUGACCUCCUUUCAUUUGGAGCACAUUACAUCUUCCUGUUCAAGGAUCCCACAGGCUCCAAGCCUCUGCCAGCUCAGACCCUGGCACGCCUUCGCUCCCUGGGGCAGAUUUAUGACACAGGGGUGGAGGAAGGAGAGGGCGGGGCUCAGACCUGUAAAAUGUGCGGCUCUGUCCUGAAGGACAGGCCAGCGCAGGUGUUGAGCGUAGGUCCAGCGGCUAGACGCAGCUUCAAACCUCAGCUGGUGAAGCCACGCAGCGGAGGGACAACGGCUGGAAGGCCGAUCAGCGUUUCGGGCGGAGAAGGAGGAGGAGGAGGAGGAGGAGGAAGAGCUGGAGGUCAGAAAAGAAGGCUACAGCUGGAGUUCGACCCGUCUCAUGAGGACCAGCUGUUAAACAGAAUCGUGUCUCUCAUCGAGCCUGGAGGAGACGACCAUAAGCUGACGCCAGCGUAUCUGCUGUGUCUGUGCAUACAACACUCGGCCUCAACAUUCCCACCAGGGAGUUUUGGAAAACUGCUGCUAAAGAUUGUCCGUAGAAUCCAGAGCAUUGCAUGGGAGAAGACAAAGGAGCUGGCACAGAAGCAGGCUCAGCACCAGGACCCCACCUCCCUGUGUCUGCUCAGUAUCUCAGACCUGAUCCCAGACCUGCAGAUCAUCUUCUUCUGGAUGUCCAACUCCAUCGAGAUCCUCUACUUCAUACAACAAAGAGCACCAGCGUACACACACGGCCUGGAGACGCUGCAAGGAAGUGAUGAAAGAAUAUUCUGCUGCUAAAUUAAAGUAGGAAGUUCCUCCGUCACCAGUGUGUGUGUGUGUGUGUGUGUGUGUGUGUGUGUGUGUGUGUGUGUGUGUGUGUGUUUCCAGGCUCUGUAUGUGGUGUUACCUGGUCUGUUCGACUGUAAUCCCUUCCCGGUGGACAACUCUGAGCCCUGCUGGAAGGGAGGGGUCGGGUUUCCGGAGCCCGUUCGCAGAGUCCUGCAGGUAUUUCAAAAUGCCCAGGAGCUGAUGCAGGGCUACGAGGUCCACCCUGAGAUCCAGAGCCAGAUGUUUGCUUACCUCUUCUUCUUCUCCAACGUGUCACUGUUUAACCAGCUGAUGGACAAAGGUGGAUCCCGCGGUUGGUUCCAAAGGUCAAAGGUGCUGCAGAUCCAGGCGUGUCUACGUAUGGUGAUGGAGUGGGCCAGCAGGUCGGGUCUGGGUCAUCUGACCGACAAAUUCUUCACCAAACUCAACAGCACGGUGUCCAUAUUGGCCACGCCCUCACAGCAGCUCAAACAGCUGAGUUGGAGAGUCCUGUCCAGUGAACAUCCGUCUCUGAAGCCCGUCCAGCUGCACAGAAUUCUCAGCCAGUACCAGGUGACGGCAGAGAUUGGACCGGUCCCGAUGUGGCAGCCCAGCAGUGAGGACGAGGCCUACGUCUACAGAACAGUGGACCUCCUGGAGAGCUUCGAGAACCACCCCCCCAUCGUGCUGCCCAGCUCUGGCUUCAGAGUGGACCUGGACAGCGAGUGCGUGGAGGACAGCAUCUACAGGCAGCUGCUCUACAUCCGCCACUUCCUGUGGGGCCUGAGGACCAAGAACCAGACGCACAGCAACGCGUCCAGUGUCCACACGCAGUCCAACGGAACCAACACGGCGGACUGGCCCGACAUCCAGAGGGAGCUGCUGCCGUCCACCCACAACAGCCCCCGCUCUGGGGGGACAGGGGAUGAGCUGAAGGCAGAGUCGGGGGAGGAGAGGGGGAGGGACAGACCUCUGGGUCAAAGUCACACACUGAGAAGAAAUGGUACUGUCCACCACCUACGGACCACCAACCCCGACUCAUCCUGCCUCCUGACGCCUCCCAACACCCCCCUCUACCCCGACGGUGGAGGAGCAGGGGGAGGAGGAAGUCUGGGACCGAUCAAAGUCUCCUGCACUCAGACCAACGGCUGCAGCAGCAGAACGGUGACAGAAUCCAAGAAGACCAACGGAGCGACCGCCAACGGAUUAGAGGGGUGUAUUAGUGGGUGUGAGUUUCCUUUCCCUGUAUCCUCCCCCGGAGCCCCCCCCCCUCCUGAUGACUUGUGUGUGGUGUUUGUAGUGGAACUGGACAAAGGACCGUACGGACUGGGGAUGGGACUGAUCGACGGCCUGCACACGCCGCUCAACGCCCCGGGCAUUUACAUCCGCACCCUGAUCCCCGACGGCCCUGCAGCCUCAGACGGCAGACUGAGGAUCGGGGACCGAAUCCUGGCCGUCAACGGCACCAGUCUGAUCGGCGCGGACUACCAGAGCGCGGUGGACCUGAUCCGUUUGGGGGGAGGUCGACUUCGUUUCCUGGUCGCCAAGUCUGACCCUGAGGUUUCAGAGAAGCUCUGCGCCUCCUCCUGCUGACUGCAGUAGAGGCAGGUGUGUGUGUGUGUGUGUGUGCGCUGACCAGUGGACUCCCACAGGAGAGCUGUAAUCUGAAUGUAAGUCCCACCGUCCGCUCCACUCCUGGGGGGUCUGUGUGACCGACGACCUUUGACCUUCUCCACGACUGCGUCUGAUGCGGUUCAAGAAGCACAGCAGGAGUUUGAACUUCACGGCCGACCCGUGGAUCAGGGCGGAACAAACGGAACCAGUGGACACGCCCACUCUGGACUUCCUCUGAACGAUGUCGGCACUGAGCCGCAGCUACAGUCGGACACGGAGCCGCAGCUACAGUCGGACA